GUGAACGACCAAUCACAAAGAAUGAAAUAACUCGUUAGUGUUUUCAAUCUAAAAGACAAAUCAUAAGUUGAAUUAUACGGGUUGGUUGCCUAGGUACCGUCAAUACGUGUAAUAUGUUUUGACGUAAACAAACUUCAUUUAGAGAAGUUUCAUUGUGUUCGAGAGAAUAAAAAGUCAUUUGUUUAUGACAAUUAAUAACUUUGAUAAGCAAUAAAAUGACAUCACUUGAUUUAAGACAACAGAAGCUUGAACAACAGAGAUUAUUAAUUGCACAAAAAAUGAAACAAAAAAGACAAACUGGUGCUGGUGGUAUGGUCCAAGCAUCAAAUAUAUCCACGACGCAACUUACAAGUCACAACAUGAAAUGGAUUAAUCCUAAUAAAGAACUACAUGGUAAAAUUGGAUACGAUGGACCUUUACAUUUUACAAUGUCGCAAGCAAAUCCAGAUAUUGGAACGUUUUCAGAAAACAAACCGAUAGAAACAGAAAUCAGUGAAGCAAGUUCCGAAAUAGCAUUUUAUGAAGGUACAGAAGCUAAAGAGUGCGCUGAUGAAGAAUCAUCUUUGAUAGAAUUGCAUUCUCCAUCUGAAUCUCUGCCAUGUACUUCACCUCUUAAAAUAGCACCUUCAGAAGUAACUCGUACAUUUAUCAGUAGAGACAAUCAUUCUACUAGUCCAGAAUUAGAAGGCAAUGUAGAAGGAAAUGUAGAACAAUUUGUAUUGCAACCAGCAAAUAAAAAAAUGCAUUACAAAUGUCGCAUAACACGUGAUAAAAAAGGUAUGGAUCGUGGUUUAUAUCCAACAUAUUUUUUACAUCUUGAACGUGAUUAUGGAAAAAAGGUAUUUUUAUUGGCUGGACGUAAGAGGAAGAAAAGUACGACAAGUAAUUAUUUAAUUUCAACGGAUCCCACAGAUCUUUCGAGAGGUGGUGAAUCUUACAUAGGAAAAUUAAGAUCUAAUCUUCUUGGUACACAAUUUACCGUUUACGAUAAUGGAUAUUCAUUAAUGAAAGAUUGCAAGAGAGAUGAACGUUUUAAUCCACGACAAGAAUUAGCUGCAGUAGUUUAUGACACUAAUGUCUUAGGAUUUAAAGGUCCACGAAAAAUGACUGUUAUUAUACCUGGAAUGACACCUGAUCAAAAACGAGUUGAAAUUUGUCCACGUGAUGAAACCGAAACAUUACUCGAACGUUGGAAAAUGAAAAAUAUGGACAAUUUAAUAGAAUUACAUAACAAAACUCCUGUAUGGAACGAUGAUACGCAAUCAUACGUGUUAAAUUUUCAUGGUCGUGUUACACAAGCAUCCGUUAAAAAUUUUCAAGUUGUACAUGAUAGUGAUGUGGACUAUGUUGUUAUGCAAUUUGGACGUAUUGCCGAAGAUGUCUUUACAAUGGAUUAUAGGUUCCCACUUUGUACACUUCAAGCUUUUGCUAUCGCUUUGAGUAGUUUCGAUAGUAAACUAGCAUGCGAGUAAAAGAAUGAUAUAUCUAUUUGACAAAUCUAAAGAGAGAUUAUUUAAUAAUUCGAACCAAAGUUAUAAAUAUAACAAAGUCACGAAAAGGGAAACCUUUUUAAGAGCUUUGCGUAAUAUAAAAAGCAAUAAAUUGGCUUUGUUUAUAUUUCAUAUAUAAUAUUUAUAAUCGAAGCGAGAAAAUAAGGAAAGAAAACGAACAAAUGAUAAGAAUUUGGUGUAUUCAAAUGAAAGAUGUUUUUGGUACACAUUUGAAAUGGUAUUUUUUUUUUUAUAGUGAUAAACUACGUGACUAUACUUGGAAAAAAAGCAUGAAUGAUAAAAAAAGAAGAAGAAGAAUGAUAAAAAAAGAAAUUGUUCUAAUAGAACAAAUAAUAUAAUGAGAGAAUGAAAAUCAAGUUAUGCCUUAAUUCAAUGAUUCAAUUGUGAUCAGUAUACAUACAGGGUGUCUGAGGUUUUACUAAACGACUUCAGUGUAUUCCAUAUACGAAUAGUAAGAAGAAAAAUCAACAGAUUUGUUUUAUCUUACAAUGGUGUAUCAGAUUUGUAUUUGCAAAGUAAAACAAUUAGGUUGAUCAAACAAGAAAUGAAAAUAAUUUAUAAUUUGUAUCAUCAAUUUGUAAAACUUCAAAUGACCUAAGUUGUUAAUAUUAUUUUCUUAUUUUCGUUGUGAUAGAAUACGCUGACAUUGUUUGGCUGAAAAAUCCUUAGGACACUUUAUAUAUAUAUAAUAUAAAUAUAUAUCUAACAAUUAUGUUGCUGUCUAUAUCUAAGACAAAAAGUUUAUAUAAAUAGACAAUCAAAAUUAAAAAGAAAAAAAAAACAUAUUUCGGUGCUAACUUGAUAAAUAUUCACCGUAUAUAAGAGUUGUUUUAUAUAUCUAUAAUUAAAAAAAACAAACAAACAAAUAAAAGAAGAAGACUUAACGAAGAAGAAGAAGAAAAAAAAAGAAAGAAUGAUAAAAUGUACUAGAAACUGUGUGUUCAAGCUUUUCUAUCUAUAUAUAUAUACACAGUAUAUAAAAUAUAGUUCUUUUCUUUGAAUAAUCAUAUAAAAGAAAUUUAUUGAAACGUUCUUCUUUGCAUUUAAGUUAGAAUUAAUUAAUAUACUGAU